AUGUCUCAACGCGCAGUAAGAACAAAUACGGCGGCAGCAGCAACAGCAGCAGCAGCGUCCGGGGCUGGGGGCCGCAAGCCCAACCAGGGCGGAGGCCAGGGCGGGGGCGGGGGCAAAGGCAACAAGGCCCCAGGGUCCUGGCAGGACCGCAAGCACCAGCAUUGCACGCGUUGUAGUGCCUUCGGGCACACCCGCGCGGUGUGCACCCGUUUCGUCCCCCCGGGGACACCGCGUUUUGUGCGCCCCGCCCACCAGCACAACAAUGCCCGCUCGCGGCGGGCCCAGCGGCGGGCCGCGGCGGGCUUGGCGUGGGGGCUUGAGGCCGGGGAGGCGGAGGAGGAAGAAGAGAAGGAGGUGAAGAAGGAGGAAGAGGAGUAG